GCUAGAAUAAUUAUUUGUAAUAUUUUAAAAUUUUGUAAAAUCUUAGUUCAAUAUGUCAUAUGUUAGAAUAACAAACUUUACAGCAAUUAGAAACUUAAGGCAGAAUCUUAUUGUUUUUCAUGAUGGGAUAUUCCAUAGAUUUUAUCCUCAAAGGAACUUUCAAUAUACUAAUUAUUCCACAAAUAACUCCUUAACCACAUUGAAUAAUCGUAAAAUACCAAUAACUUCAAACAUAUUUGAGAAGAACAAAUAUAAUUCUAAUUUUAAAAAGCAUAAAAGGAAUUUCAGAUAUUUAGCCUUCAUAACCACAGCAAGCUGUGCUAUACACAAGAAUCCUGAUGAAUCCACCGAUAAAAAUGAAGAAAAUAAGGAGGAAGAAGUAACCGAUGAAAAGGAUGAAUCUACCACGUUUGACCCGUUUGAUGAUGAAGAUGUAGUUUACUUUUCUAAAGAUUAUACAUACGAGUCACCUACAAAGGAUAAUAAAUAUUAUAUACACAUUGAGAAGUUUAGGUAUCCAAACCCUAAAGGCGCUAAGAUUCCAAAGUCUAUUAAUUCAGACAUUGAUUCGUUCUUCGUAAAUCCUUUUUUCGGUUAUUUCAAACGAGUAAAGGAUCAAAUCGACAGUAUUUUCGACAAUUCAGGCGUUAAUUUCUCUAAUUUGUCACCGUUUAAUCCUACGAAUGGAGGUGGAAAUGCGGUUCAUAUGGACCCAUUUUGGGUAGUUUUAAGUAACACGCCGCCGACAACCUUUAGUAACGCGUUUAUGUUAAUUUGCGGAGCAGUUUUUGCACUUUGGAAGUUAUCCGAAAACACAGCCAGCACUAAAUUCUCAGAAUUCAUGAAUAAACACUUCAUCACAUCUUACGAAGCCUUUAAAUCCAAACGCUAUCACACACUACUCACCUCAGCGAUAAGUCAUUCAUCGUUUGUUCAUUUUGGAGUGAAUUGUAUGUUAUUUCAUCAAUUGAUGAAGACGUUUAAUAAUCACAUGUCGUUUUACAGCACACACCACGUUAAUAAUAGCCUACAAACAUUUGUAAGGAGUAUUUUCUCCUCAAACUCCACACUCAACGUGGGAAAUGUGUCGAAGGUAGGAAGGAUAACGACGAAUGAUAUAUUUAAUGUAAUGUUUUUAUCAUCGUUGGCGUCAAGUUUGGGUCACGUGUAUUUUUAUAAGACUCCAGUUCUGGGAGCGUCAGGAGCUAUUUCGGGGCUGAUGUACCUCUUGGCUUCAACCUUCCCAAAUAGCUUCUUCAGAACAGUAUUUCCGCUCCCGGGACUUAAUUUAAGCAUUUUACAAAUCGGUCAGGUUUUUGUAGCCACUAAUUUGUUCUUUCUAAUGAAUGGAAGGAGUCCGAACAUAGCGUGGGCCGCACAUCUCAUAGGGAUGGGAGCAGGAGCACUUUACUGUUUCUUCCAGCAAUAUGUAAACAAAAGACCAGGCUUCUAUAACCCGUUCUCACUCUCUGUGAAAACGGCCAAGAGUCAGUGGAUGAGAACGUUCCAAGGGUUUGGGAAGAUUUAA